AUGAGCGAGUCCAUGGCGGAUACACAUUCAGCAACCCCUCAACCGGGUUCUGACGAGGGCGCAGUGCUCACCACAGCCGGUCCAUCUACUAGUCCGGCGGACGAGAAAACGGACAGUCGUUGCGGCGUAAACAAGAUUGCCAGGCUUGGACGACAGCUACGGUCAAUGAAGGUACGAACAACGACCACCAACGUCUCAACACCGGCCUCCGAUGUGGACUGAGUACAUUCCGUCACCCCCCCUCCCUCCCCCCGCCCGCCACAGUUCAUGUGUGCAUGCGGCUGAUGACCACUAAAGCUGAUCCCCCACCCCCUCAUCCGGCGAAAAGACGCUUUAGGACUCCCCCCGCCCCUUCCCCCCUGCCGCCUUGACUUCAUAUGUAAGAAAACCCGUUUUGACAUGACUGUCACCCGCCUAUAAAUACUGUGAGGCGCGAUACCACACUCACCUCCGACGAUGGGAGCUUGUAUGCUUUUGAAACUUCAGGACAGUAAAACUAUGGUUCCCGAGAUCGCCUUUUCUUCUCAAUUAUGUCCGGGGACGCGCAUCUUCGCCUCUAUUAACAUGUAAAUGUGUAUAUACAAAAUGGCAUGAUGGACGAAGGCAAGUGAGACUGGGAUGGCCACCUCUGAAUUGCUAACCACCGUCGACAAACCAUAACCCACCCCGCCUUUUGCGACCUCUGAGACUCGAACCAACGAUUUGCUGGUUAGAAGUCUAGCGCCCUAAACAUGAAGCCACGAGCUCGUUGUCCUGUCGGCUACAAUGGGGUAUAUAAGAAAUGGUAGAUAGGUGCUCAUCGAUCGCGUUAUGGGGCAUACUUGUUCUGGUGUUCCAUUUUGUUAAUCAUGAGCAAAAACAGCAAAUGCUCAACGAAUAGUACUCUAGGCAGAGUGACAUCGCCAAGAAAGACAAGCAGGACCGAAAUGGCUAACCGUCAUUAGUUACAAUACUAGCCGCUAAGCGGCUGCUGGCAGGGUUCAAGAUCAAACCGCAAGACACAACAGGACGAGUGUGUCCCGUAACGCACUCGAUGACCACCCAUCUACUGUGAAUAAACCAAAUCUCGACCAACAGGACAACGGUCUUGUGACUCAGUGGCUAAGAAGUUGGAUUUCUAACCAACAAAUUCUGCCUAUAAUACUGUCCGCUAGAUUACAACUGGCGGGGGUUGAGAAUGAGUCCUAGGACAAAAAGAAAUGAGUAUCCCGUAACGCGAUCGGGAAACGUCUCAUCAUUCCGUUGUGCCUUACGGGCUCUCCCUCGAGCCUAACCAGCAGCCGCACAGCGGCGCAUGAUAUAGGCAGUAUGUUAUUACCGACAAAGGCAAGGGAGACGGAUAUAGCCAUUUCUGGCUCAUUAAGCGUUGUCAGCCAGUCAUACCCGAGGUGAGACGACAAAUGUCAUCUACCGGGUCCAGUGUAACUCUUGCCAAGCAAACUACGUCGGAGAGACAGGCAAACGGUUACAAACUCGCGUUAACGAACACAUGCGGGCAGUGAGGAGAAUGGACCCAUUGUCUCUGGUGGCGGAACACUGAGCGGACUCUGAACACACUUUCGCCUUCCAGAACGCCAAAAUUCUGGGUCGAGGCAAUGACCGCGUAGCCAGGAAAACGAUCGAGGCCUGGCACACGGAGACAACCUCAAUAAACGGUUGUGUCGCGCUUCCGUCAGUCUAUCCAGCCCUCCGGAUGCAGCUCGACGAACUAAAGAGCAAGCGCAAAGUCACACCGGACGUGAAUCCAAACACGGGAGAGCCUACGGCGGACCUACACGUAGCCACAUCGCAAAUCGGGCCCGACGAAGGCGCAGUCAUCAAUACUGUUGUCUCAACUACUACUCCGGCAGACGGGGAGAAACGCGGUCAGAGGGAUGCAAUCAAGACCAGGAACCCAGGACGACAACUAAGGUCGACGUGA